AGCCCAAACCCGAAACGGCUCUCAUACUAAAAUUUACCUCUUUCUCUCCCUUAAAUGCAAUCUUGCAAUAUUUAUUUCUCGUCUUUUGCAAGUUUUUGCUUCAUAUAUUUCUCUCUUCUUCUCUUCCCCUCUUCUCUUCUGAUAUUCGCUUCUCUUGCGUGCCCCAAUGGCUUCAUCGACAGUCAAAAGAUGGUUGAGGCCUGAGGUCUAUCCGCUGUUUGCAGCAGUUGGAACUGCUGUAGGUAUUUGUGUGAUGCAAUUAAUGAGGAACAUAACGACGAAUCCUGAUGUCAGGGUGCUCAAGGAAAAUCGAACAGCUGGAGUGCUCGACAAUCACGCCGAAGGGGAGAAAUAUGCAGAACACGGCCUUAGAAAAUAUGUACGCAAUAAAGAGCCUCAGAUCAUGCCAUCUGUCAACGAUUUCUUCUCGAAGCCAGAAUAAAAGGGAGAUGGGUUCUUAUGUUCUCAUCUGGUUUGAUAGUUCUGAUUUUUUUGUUCGUGUGGGGGAUAUUGUCUGCUAAUUGUAAUUUGGAAAUAAUUAUUGUUUGUUGCGACGAUACUCUGAAUCAAAUUUGGCAUUACUCAUUUCGUAUUCUGUCAUAAGAAAUUAUUGUGUUGGAUUUA